AUGGUUUCUGGCGCGGAGAAGCACGACCGCUGGGUGCAAUGCGACAAGUGCGACAAAUGGCGUCGCCUGCCGGGGUGUACGGACACCGAGUACGCCGCUCUGAUGGCGAAUCCGCGCUGGCAGUGCAACAAGAAUCGGUGGGACUUGGCGCGGGCCUCUUGCACUGCUCCUGAGGAAGAUGGCGACGCGAGUGAGUCCAGUCUCGAGGCUGGGCUCGCCCCCCAUCUCGCGCCGCUCCUGGGGAACUCCGCGUUGGCCUUCGGCGCGCUGAACCCCUCAUCGCACCCGGCGCAGGGAGGCAGGAACGCGCGCCUCGGCGACGCAGGCGGCGCGGCCGGGGAGCAGGAAGUGGCGGCUCCGCGGGAGGCAGUGCCUACGCGUCCGCGGCAUCGACUCCCCCUCUGUUCGUUGAUGACAAGGGGUUCGCCGCCGCCUCCGCCGCCGGGGCGAGCUACGCGCGCCGCAAGGACGGCCUCGCGCCCAUCCUUGCGGCGCCCACGCGCGGCCGAGGCGGAGGCGGCGGCGGGAAGAGUUCUCGAGGAGGAAGGCGACAUGCGCCAGUCGUGGCGCCAGGGGGCGACUCCGCGGCCUCUCACGAGGAGGCCGACGAGGGGCUCUCUGGGGGGGCGGCGCACACCCCGAGCCAGUCUGCCGUCUCCCACGCCCUCCGCGCCGCGCAUGGAGGCGACUCCGAGUUUUCCCCCUACCUCGAGGGCGGCCUCGCUCGCCUCCGGCAGCGCCGGCGCGGGGCGGGAGGAGCUGCAGGCGAGUGCGCUGCUCGGGAAGCGGCGAUGCGCCGCGGCCGGCGCGCAGAAGGGGAAGAGGCGGAAGGGCGACGAAGGCUCCGAGGGUGCGGCUGGCGCGGGAGACCUCUCCGACUACAAUGGAGCCCACAGCUGCGACGACUCCGGCCUCCAGGACCUGCUCCACGCCUCUGCAGGAAGAGGGGCGUCUCGGCGCGGCGGCCUCUCUGGCCGCGGCGGCGCGGCGACGCCGCUUCUGGGGUCGACUUCUUCGCCUCGUCCAGGUUCUCGCGCCCCUGCAUCAUCCCCGUGGUAUUCUGCUUCCUCUGCACCCGCGGUCGCGUCCAACCCUAGGCUUCCUCCUGCGUUGUACUCCCAGUCCUCCUCUUUGCCGGCGUCUGCUGCUCUGCUUUCCUCUUCUUCGCUCCGGGGUGGCGCGGGUCCCGCGUCGAUGGGCGCGGGCUCCGGGCCCCAGCCGUUCUCCUCGCCAGUCUUGUCGGCUCUCUCGUCUUCUUCGCCGGCGCUUUCUGCGUCCUCUUCUUCGCUGCUGGGGAAGAGCGCAGCUGUCUCCUCGCUCGCGCACCAGCAGUCCCACGCGGCGGGCGGAGGCUCAGAGUCGGCGGGGCUGGCGCAGGCGUCGGCGGCGUCUCCGCCCGCGUUCCCCGCGCUGGAGGCGCUGCAGCAGUCGCCGGGGGGCGGGUCCGCGCGCGCAGAGGAGACUGCCCACGCGCUGCUUCAGUCGAUGGCCGCGGGGGACUUGAUCGACCGCGAGAACCUCUCGCAGCUGCUGGCGUCGGCCGUGGCUAAGCAGGGCUUCAAACCCGCCAAAGGCGCGGAGCUGAGCGUCUCCUCGCUGCUCUCCUCCGCCCUCGCCUCGCACCUGCAACGCAGCGCUGCGCAGUCCAGCCAGGGAGAGGCGGCCAGCGACGCCCCAGGCGGCUUCCUGCAGAAAGCCGCAGACGCGCCCGCCGGCGCCGACGCCGCGAAUCCCGCCGCGCUCUUGCUCGGACGUCUGGUUCGAGGAGAGGCGUGGGACGCCUCCUCGUCUGCGCGCCAAGCUCCGGUGUCGGCCUCUGGAGCCCAGCCGGCGUCUGUCGGGCGCGUCUCCGGAGUCUCCAAGACUGCUGAGCUGGGGCCGACAUGUGUGAAGAACCCGCGGCAGCAGCUCUCCGCGUCCGUCAGCCAGUCGCCGUUUCUGUCUGCGGGCGACGGAAUGGAGAAAGAAGGAAACGACUUCACCAAGGAAGGAUGCGUAGGGGCGCUGGCGGGCGCAUCGGCUGAGGUGGGGAAAACCGCCGACGCCACAGGCGCGGCAGUCGAUAACUGGGUACAGUGCGAAGCCUGCAAGAAGUGGAGGCGACUGCCUGCGAGCGUCGACCCGGACCGCUUGCCCGACACGUGGCUGUGCGCGAUGAACUUUUGGGAUCCGUUCCACGAUGUGUGCGAGGCGCCGGAAGAAGACUAUCGAGACACAGUCGUCGCGCAGGCGCAGCCUUUCGCUCUCCCCAACGCGGCGACAGCUGGCUUCUCGCCGGGGGGUAGGGAGGCGGGCCCGGGCCUGGAGGACGACGGCGCGGCGGGGAGCCAGAGGGCGGUCUGCGAAGACCCGCUCGCCAGGUUCCUCGAGACACAGGCGAACGGUGCGGCCGACGGCGCGUCUGCGGGUGCAGCUAGCCAGCGCGCCGCGCUAGCCGGCUUCAAGUUGUCUUCGUCGCUGGUGCCGGGAGGGGGCGGCGGCGGCGCGGGCGACAGCCGCAGCAGGAGCCCAUCGCUGCUCAAGAGCCACGAGCGAGAGGGGGCUUUCGACGACGGAAAGGCGUUCAGCCCAGGGGGGAGAGGCGAGCGGCUUCUCUCGGGCGUCGCGCCCGCAGGGCUCCUCUCGUCGCCCUCGAAGAAGCACGAUGGCAGCUCGUCCGCCGCCUCGCUGCUCCUGGCGCACGCGCAGGGUUCCUUGGGCGCCGGCGACCCGCUGGUGGGCUCGCGGCUGGCGGCCGCGGGCGGCGGGGUGUCUCCGCACGCCGGCGGAGACCGGUUCGCGAGUGGGCGCCACCACGCCUGCCACGGCGCGGGCGCCGGAAGGAGCCGGCGCGGGCGCGGAGCCGGCGGAGACGUGCGCGGCCUCAGGGGAAGGGGUGAGGAAGAGGAGGGCCGCCGAGACGAAGACCUCGAGGCCGCGAAGAUGCGAGAGCGGCUCGAGGAGCUCGCCGACCCCAAAUUCAUCGCUCUUGCACAGAGACAAGGACCCGGACACGAUUUGGCGUUCUCUGCGCCGUGGGCGACAGGCCCCGCCGCGCCCUUCUCGCCGCAGGCCUCGGCGUCGAGCGGUCACUCCGCAGACACUUUCGCGGAGGGAGCGGCGAUAACAGUGCUGAGGGUUCCAUCGGUAGAAAAGGAAGCGGGGCAUCCCCUGGCUGAUCGACUCAUGCUGUACGCAGCUGACGGCACGGUCGCGAGCUGCUUGGCGUGCGAGUUGCCCUUUCAGACGCUGCAGCUGCGGCUGCUGGAGGCGUAUCGGUACGAGACAUCGCGCCCGUCGACGGAUGCACCUCUGGACUUCUCCUUUCUUUCGUCAGCGGGGACCUCGACAGGCGGUCGCCGGCACCGAGGCGGCGACGGAGACACGCCUGGAGCCGCGCGAGAGGGCGCCUCGCUGAGUCUCUCGGGGCGCGAGGGCCGCGGGGGGAAGAACACGGGCGGCGCGGCGCCGGGCGCGGGGCGGUCUGCCGCAGCGGAGACGCUUCUUCCGCCGUCGUGUCUCCAGUUUUUCUCGCACAUGGACGCGCAAGGCGUCCGGGGGGUGGGGGGGGACGCGGGCGAGUUCGCGGCUGCGCGCGGCGAAGACCGCGACGGCGCGGCCUCUGCGUUUCCCUGCUUUGACUUCCUCGAGGCGGCGGCGCACGGGAAGGCUGGGCUCGACGCGUGCGGCGGGAAGCAGGGGUUCGCGGCGUCGCCCUCCGCGGGCAGCGCAGCCCGCGGGGGCGCGGGAGCCGCCCUCGACGGCGGCGACCCGCAGGCCUCGUACGUCUCCUCGCUGCUGGAGAAGAGCGUCAGCAACGGCGUCUUCGUCUCGCAGAAGAACCUCGCGGCGCUGGCGUCCUCGAACGAGCUCUGCGUCAGCCUAGACUUCGCCGCGAACGUCCACUGGCCGGGACUGGAGACGCUCUCCUCGGACUCAGACGAAGAAGAGGAGCGGCGGCUGCUGGAAGAGUGCAGACGCGACGCCGAGGCGGAGGGACGCAGGAGGGGCGAGUGGACGGGCGGCGCGGCGCUGGCGGCGCUCCGAGAGACGCGGCGCAGGGAGCGGGGGCGCGAGCGCGAGCGGCGGAUGCGCAGCAUGCACAAGUCGCUGCAGGACUUGAUGGCGCUGUGUCCCGUGCUCGCGAAGUCCGCGGUGCCCUUCUGCGAGGAGGCGCGGGGAGAGGCGGCGACCAAGAGGGAGGACGAGCGCGAGGCCCGGUUGCAGACGCACUCGAGGCGCAAGAAGGACAGCGAAAGCCGCUGCCUGCCGCCGCCCGGAGAGCGGCGCCGAGAAGACGGCAGAGCGCGCGCCGGCGAAGAGGACCCAGUUGCUGGCGCGGAGGAGCCGCGGCCGGACGAGAAAAGGGGGGGUCGCGAGAAGCCGGGGGGCGGCGGCGGGUCGCGCGGAAGGCCGUUCGCGGUCUUGGAGCUGAAAGACAUCAUCGGCCUCGUCUGCAUGGCCCCCGACGCGUGCGGCGACGAGGCGCAGGAAGACGACGCCGCCGAGGACGAAAGCAAACGCGAACGCGAGAAAAGAAAGCGGAAAAAGGGCUUCCAGGAAGAUGAACCAGAAGACGAAGCCGAAGACCAAAGAGAAGCCGACACGAAGACCGCACGCAAGGACGAAGCAGAAGACAAAGCGGACGCGCAGAGCGCGCGGCGAGAGGAGAGAGAAGACGAGGGCGAGGCACGCGGGAAGGCAGAUAGAGACGCAGCGGGCGUGGCCCCGAGCCUGGCGGAGGCAGGUGCGGAAGACGCCGACUCGCUUCCGCCGGCAAGAGAAGAAGAGGAUGGCGCACGCGGAGAAGAGACGGAACUAGAGAGAGAAGAAGAAACGCCUCCGGACGAGAGAAAGGCCUUCUCAGCCGAGAAGACUGAGGCCGAGCGCGCCCCCGAAGGCGAGGCGCAGGAUGUGGAGGACGCGAGCGAAGCUGACGGCUCCAAGUUGGAAGAAAAAGCGGCAGACGAGAUGACGAAAUCUCUUCUGACCGAGUCUCCCCGUCACCCGUCGCCAACACUAGAAGAGAAGGGCCGUCGCGCGGGGGCGGAGUCGCUUGAAGGCGAAGAUGAGUCCUGCGGGCUUCCCGCGGUGCCUUUGGCCGCGGAUUUCAAUGCUGAAACGAGACGAGACGGCGGGAAGCAGGAAGACGGAGACGAGGCGCGGGAGCGAGGAAGAAAACGGCGAUCGGGCGCGCUGGGCGACACCGAGGAGGCAGACAAGGAGUCGGUGCAGAGCGCGCAGGAAGAAGAAGAGCGAAACAACGCGCCGGAAGAUGAAGCAUCCGCGAGCGGAGACCAAGAAGAAACCGGGGAAGACAAGACGCAAGGCGAAAAGGAGCGGACGCGUGCGGAGCGCAGAAGGGAGCCAGCUGCAGGCGGCGAUGAACAGGAGGGAAAGGCGCAGAUAAAGGCCGGAGACGAAGAGGCGAAGGAGCAGAGCGAGAGCCUGAAGGAGGAAGAAAGCACGCCGCCUGCAGAAGAAAAAGGAGACAGUGUCGCAGCGGGCGGAAAGCAGGAAGAGGCCGCUGCGGGCGACGAGAGGCGCGAGCGUUUCCUUCUUCCCCCAGAAGAGAUUCCGCCGGUGCAGGAAGAAGAGGAGCCGAAGGGCGACAAGCGACCGCGACAAGAUGAUGUCUCUGUCGAAGUGGGAAAGGCGCCCGCGGCAGAACUCGAAGAGGAUCCGGACGAUGUUUUGCCGGCGUCGCCGCCGAGGGCGAAGAAGCGGAAGCGCAGCGUCGUGUUGUCUUCGGACGAAGAAGACGCGCAGGAGUGCGACACAACGGUGCUCGCCGAGGGAGAAGAAGAGACAGCGGAAGAAAUGAAGGAGGGGGUGAUGGAGCAAGAAAAUAAGGAAGCAGCGAAGGAGGGCAGUGAGGAAGACGCUCAGGCGGGAGGCGCUGAGGAGGGCUCAAAGAAAGAAGCUGAAGACGAAGGAGCAGAAUGCGCCACGCUCGAAGACACGGCGAGAGAAAUCGGCGGAGAAGAGGAAGAAGCGACUAUUGAGCAGGAACUGAAGAGCGGCAGCGCAGCGGAAACAGGAAGCAGCGCAGAGCGAGAGAGGGAAGUCGCGCCGAAGGGCGGCGGCGCUCACCUCGAGAGCGAGAGAGAAGGGGAGGGGCGAGGUGAAGAAGGGGGAGUCGCAGAAAAGGCAGGCCGAAGGGACUCGAACGCACGGGAGGAAGGCGAGAAGAAGCCGGAGCCUAGGGAGGACCCAGGCGACGACGCAGAAGAGAGGGGAGGUGCAGAGGAAGGAAAGGGCACCGAGGCCAGGGAGCAUGAAGAAGACAUGGAAGAGAGAGACUUCGUGGUGGCUGAGCAGGUGCUCCUGAAGACGACAGACCUCCACGCGGCCGCGGCUCUGGCAUCGCCCUUCGACGCGCAGUCUGAGGAGUGCCGCCGAGACGCGGAGGACGUCGCGGAGGAAAAGACAGAAGAGGCAAGCGAGAAGGCGGCAGAAAUGGCAAGCGACAACGAAGAGGAUGCGGUAGAAAAAAACUUCAAAGAAAGCGAGCGUGGCGAGGAGUCAGAGGGGGGGCAGACCUCGGAGGGAGAAAACCACAGCGGCGAAGAGGAGGGAAUGAAGGGCAACGACGGAAAAGGUGUCUCCGGAGACGUCUCUUUCUCGCCAUCUCCGCUGUCUCCCGAUGGCGAGAGGAAAGAGCCGAGACGAUCUGUUUCGCAAGAAAGAAGUGAGAAGAUGCGUGACGGCGCCGCCUCACCGCGCGCGGACCAAGACGAGCCCAGCGCCGCGACGGGCGCUGCGCCGGCCGACGAGUCUUCGCCAGCCUCGUCUUCUGUCCCUGCCUCGUCUUCUGUUCCUUCUGGCUAUCCCUCUUCUUCUUCCUUUCCUCCUCCCGCGUCGUCGUCUCCCUCUCCUUCGUCUUCUUCCGCGCCGGGGUCUCGCGCGCUGAGUCGGCGACUCUCCAAGGGUGGUGCCGAGAGCCGCGGCGAGGCCUCUGGCGAGUGCGUGGACAGUAGAGACGCGUCGGCUGGAAGCGAAGCGGGGGAGUCGAGUGCGUCGUCGAGGGCGGGGCAGUUAGCUCACGAGGGAGAAAGGGAGCAAGCGGGUUGGGCUCUCUUCGCGGAAGCUGCGUCAAAGAAGGAAAAGGAGCCGCGUGCUUCGCUUCUCUCACCUGAAAAAGAAGCCUUGGAAAAAGGUCGCGUGUCGCCGGCGCCGACCGACGGCGCGGGGGAAUGCCCUCCGGUGUCUCCCUCGUCUUCCAACGAGGGAGGAAGCCGCGACGAGAGCCGCGGUAGCGGCGACGCCCGCGCGAGUGAGGGGGGGGGCGAGGCGUGGAACGGGCUCACACACUCUAGAGGCUCCUCGCGAGGCCGCGGAGAGCAGGAGGAGGGCGUGGAAGGCGAAGCGGAGGCUGGGCGGGAGUCGCGGCGCGUCUCUUCGCCGGCGUCGUGUCUCUCGGAAGGCGACAGCAGCCGUGCGUCUCGCGGGCAGUCCCCCCACGGGCGCGAGAAGAGGCGAAGAGGGGACAACAGUGCCCCCGAGGCGUUCACGCCGCGGAAGCGAAGAGAGGGCGAGCGCGACGAAAGCGGAGAGGGCGAGCAGGACACGGGAGACAGCAACAGGCUAAGCCGCUCUCCGUCGCAGUGUCUGCUGCCGCCUCCGUCUCCCAUGUCUUCUCCGCCUUCGCCUGGACCGCGGGACCUGCUCUCGAACCCCGAGGUGGACUCGCCGUCCCUCCUCACCGCGCGGUCUGGCGCGGCUCCUGCUUCGCCUGCGGACUCCCCAGACUCGCUGACGGCAGAGGAGGAGGACCCCGCCACUCGACCGCCCCGAGACGGCGAGUUUUCUUCUCGCCCACCGUCCGCGGCCGGCCCUCUCGGGUCCCCACCGUCGCCCCCCGGCGCGUUCGCCUCGGGCUCUCCUCCGUCUCGCUGGUCGCUGCCGCCCUCGUCGUCUCUGCCGCGCCCGCCUCCACCGGGUCUCCACUCGGCCCGUGGAGGCGAGGGGAAGAACUCCGGAAGUUCGUCGGUCUCUCCGCUCCCGGCAAGAGGCCUGCGAGAAGGUGGCGACGGGAUCCUGGGCCCCGGAGGACGGCUCAGAGACCCCCUUGGGUCGGACCGGUUUUCGGGUGCGCGCCACUUGUCGCGCGCCCCCCCUCCGGGCAAAGGCCCCGCGCGAGGAUUCGGCGACGGAGAGGACGACCGGCGCGGGAACACCAGACCCGCUCUGCGCGAGAUCGAGCCUCAGCCUCACAGAGGCCCCGGCGGCGGACCGGGGCGACUGAUCGUGUUGAGUGUGGAAGGUUCCUCAGCUGGGAAGGACUCGGAAGAGAGUAGCCCCGGCGGAGCUGUCUCCUCUUCGGGGUCGCGCCGGGGUUCGCCUGGAGCCCCGAGUCUCCCUUCCGCGGGCCCCUCGGGCCUGACGGGGUUUCCGAGCGUCGGCGCCGCUGCGGACACGCAUUCGCGGCCGGUGCGCCCCCGCGUCUUCAAUCUGCCCUCUGGCGCGUCAGCUUUUUCUUCCUUGGGGGCCUCUGGAACGGGUUUCGGUUCGAGCGCUGCGCCAUUCUUUGGCCGUUCGGGCUCGGGUGGAGAAGACGCGGCUCCUCCGCGUCAUCGCCACGACGAAGAAUCUCGCGGCUCCGGAGGACCGCGGUUGGCGGGCGGUGGCGGCGGCUUGAGCAACGGCCGCGACAGUGGGUCUCUGCUGGGCGCUGGGCCGCCUCGUGGAAAGAGCCGCGACGGCUGGCUCUUCUCGUCCUUGCCUGGCAGACCUCCCGUUUGCGGCGGCGGGCCCCCAGGCUUUUCUUCGUCCUAUUCCUCGGGAGAUGAAUCGCGUGAGUAUCCCGGCUCGCGGCCCCCGGGCGCGCCCGUCCUUCUCCUGCCGCCGCCUUCUUUUUCCGGCUCGGCAAAGUCCGGCUUCUCUUCGUCGUACUCUUCCUUGUCUUCCUCAUCUUUCUCUUCGUUUCCUUGCCGCGACGGCGAGAGCCCGCGGGGCGGCGACGAUGGAGCCCGUCCGACGGUCGGAGAGAGCGGCGACGGCGCGGGCCUGCUGCCUCCCCCUUCGCGCCGCGGGGACGGCUGGUGGAACGACGAGCGAGGAGAGCGAAGGAGGCCCGGUGGCGGCAACGCAGAGCCCUGUUUUUCGAGUUACCAGGGCGGCGACGGAGGGUCCUCGUUCUCUUCCUUCUCGAGAGGCCGGCGGAGCAACAGUCGAGAGAUUUCGGACUUCUACGGAGGCGACGGCGCGGGCCCCAGAUCCGGCGGCGGGACGCCCUGGUCCGCAGGCGCUGAGGGACGGGGCGCACGAGAUGUAGGCGGCGGAUAUCGGUCCUCGCUCCGACGGAGGGACGAUAUAUAG